CCAGUUCAAAAUUGAAAACCUCAAACAGACGCGGAAUAUAUUAAAGAUUCAGUUCAGUUUCGUGAAUCAAUUUUCAUAUUUUUCUGUUAUAGAUGAGUCUGUUUAUUUAGGCAAUUUUUUUUUCUCUCAUCUUCAAUUGAAGAUUCUACUGACAUGACAAAAUGACAAGUGAAGUGGUGUUAUUGAUAUCAAUUUUAUGUCUCGUAAAAUGUACAUGGUGUGGAAAUUACGGAUUCGCGAUGGGGAAAAGACAUUCAAAUGAUCAAAUACUACAUGAAGAGCUGUUAACGUAUGAUAGUGAUUCCAAUGAAGCGAUCAUCGAGUACAUUUAUAUGGCUGAGAAACCUGUAACAUGUGUGCAAUUGCGUACCGAUACAAAUAUCUACACAGAAGUAAGUUUCAUCAAUUCCACAAAAAUUUACAUAAAAUUGUCCAAUUUCGAAAAUCUGAAUUUCAAUGCUACACUCACAGUAUACGGUUUCCCAUGGUAUCCCGACGGACCAGUACCCGAUGAUGAUAUUGAAUUCUUACUGCAACCGAAUCUAAAGAAAUCAAUUUAUUUGAAUAAAUCAAGUGUAGAGGCGAGUGAUUUAAUUGCAACGAAUGGAGCAUACAUGAGCCAAGAGAUAAACACCACCAAUGAAGACAGCAACGUUUCUGAGGAAAAUGACAGCAUCAGCACCGUUGAAAGUGACUCUGGCGAAUAUUAUGACUAUGAUUUUACAUCAACAUUAGAGGAGGAAACCGAUGGAGUGGAAGAUAAGCCAGAAUCGAUUAUCAAUGUUAACACAACAUCGAUAGCGGAAAAUCGAUCAGUCCUUGUAAAAGUCAAUUUUUUAAAUUAUAUUUUUAUUUGGAUUGUGUUUGUAUCUUUAUUAUGAUAAAAUGUUUGAUGUUAA